AUGGAUCAUCAAGAAGGUUUUGAAGACGUGGAAGACGUCGAUUUGUCUUCUGAAAUAGAUUUAGUAGUUAACAGCUCGUAUAUAGGAGUAGAAGAUGAUUUACUAGGAGAAGAAGACCCAUUGGUAUUACAGCAAAUGCUUAUUCAGCAACAACAAUAUGCAGCUGAAGUACAAAUAUUGCAAAUACCUGAUGUGGUCAAAAGUUUCAUUGUCUAUUUCCACCGUAACAUUCUGGAAAAUAACGUGUACGAGUUACAUGGCAUCUAUGAGACUUCAUUUAAUAAAUUGACCGAGAAAUUUUAUCAGAAACAGCCUUGGCCCGAAGCUGAUUUUAUUGCACCAUUGGUCAAUGAUGAUCAAGUUUUUUUGACCUUGUAUCGUGAACUGUAUUACCGUCAUAUUUACUCAAAACUUACACCUACCAUUGAACAUCGUUUUCAUUCUUACGAGAAUUAUUGUGAUCUCUUUAAUUACAUACUAAAUUCCGACGGUCCUGUUCCUUUGGAGCUUCCCAAUCAAUGGCUUUGGGACAUUAUUGAUGAAUUUAUCUACCAAUUUCAAUCUUUUUGCAAUUAUCGCAAUCGACUCAAAAAUAAAUCCGAAGAAGAAAUUGCUUUGUUACGCGACAAUAUUCAGGUUUGGAGUUGCUAUAGCGUGUUGAACGUCUUAUACUCGUUAAUUACCAAAUCUAGGAUUACUGAACAAUUGCUGGUUAGCAAACAUGGUGGCGAUAUGGUUGAAGCUGCAGGCGAAUAUGGAUCCAGACCCUUAUAUAAAAUGUUGGGAUAUUUUAGUAUUAUUGGACUUUUGCGUGUUCAUUGUCUUUUGGGUGAUUAUACUUUAGCGUUAAAAAUGAUGGAUAACAUUGAAUUAAACAAAAAGGCGCUGUUUGCGCGUGUCACCGCUUGUCAUGUCACGACAUAUUAUUAUGUUGGUUUUUCAUACAUGAUGAUGAGAAGAUAUGCAGACGCAAUUAAGGCUUUCUCACAUAUACUUGUAUUCAUUGCACGCACAAAAAUGUAUCAUACUCGUUCUUAUCAAUUUGACCAGAUUAAUAAAAAGGGUGAUCAAAUGUAUGCACUCUUGGCUAUUUGUAUUGCACUUUGUCCGACACGAUUGGAUGAAAAUAUUCACUCACACCUAAGGGAAAAAUAUGGGGAGCAUUUAACAAAAAUGCAAAGAGGGGAAGAGGGCAUCUCUGUUUUUGAAGAUUUAUUCUUGUAUGCGUGUCCCAAAUUUAUUUCUCCUAUCGGUCCAAAUUUUGAAGAUCCAAACAGCUUAGCACAAUCAAUUGAACCUCAUCAUCACCACGCUAAAAUUUUCCUUGCUGAAGUACGACACCAAAUUCUCAUACCUACAUUACGCUCGUACCUCAAAUUAUAUACCACUAUGGGAAUAGAUAAAUUAGCCACUUUCUUGGAUAUAGAACCCAAAGAACUUAGAACUCAAUUGCUUAUAUUUAAGCAAAAGUCUCGACAGCAAAAGUGGAAUAGUGGAACUUUGUUAGAGGGUGAAUAUGUCACAACCUCAGACCUUGAUUUUUGUUUGAAACAGGAUAUGAUUCAUAUAGCCGAAUCCAAAAUUGGUCGGCGAUAUGGAGACUGGUUUUUACGGAACAUUAACAAAUUCCAGGAUAUUAUUGCAGGAUUGGAGCUACGUAAUUAA